AUGGAAAAUAUCGAUUUGUCUAAUAUGUCUAAUGUGUCUAAUGUGAACCCACACUUUCUGGAGCAACAUUUUGGUCAUCACCAACAUUCACAACAUUCACAGCACUGCCAACAACCAAGUGCUACAACACUCACUUCAUUAGCCAUUCAUUGCAAUCAAAAUUAUCAAAAUCUUUACAGUAAUAACUCCAAUAAUAAUAGUGGAUCCUAUGUGUCGACAAACUCUAUAAUAUUUAAUGAUAUCAAUAACAAUGAACAGACCAUAAAUUUCAGUCAAUCUGAUGCUAAUAUACCUCUUUCUAGUCCGGAGUCAACUGAAUAUUUUAGUGAUAACCCAUUUCUCGACUCUCCUUAUCCAUCACCAAACCAAUCACCUGAUAUGAAGUCACAUCCAGAACAAGAAAAUUUUAGACAGAAAAGACAUCGUAAGAGAAAAGGAAUGCAUCAACAGUUCCAACAAAGACAUGCCGCCAAUCUUAGGGAAAGAAGAAGAAUGCAAUCUAUUAACGAUGCUUUUGAGGGUUUAAGAACACACAUUCCGACUCUUCCUUAUGAAAAGAGACUCUCAAAAGUUGAUACCUUAAGAUUAGCCAUUGGAUAUAUAAGCUUUUUAGCAGAACUGGUAGAUAAUGAUGGACAACCAGCUGAUUCAUUACAGUCACAAAUAGCACAACAGCCAAAAAAAGUUAUAAUUCAGUGCCGUUUAGGCACUCAUUCGCUUUCGUGGAGCAGUAAUGUUAAUGAAAGGAGACAUUAUAAGAAUGGAAACGUUAUGAUUGCUAAGCUUUGGACACCUGAAGACCCGCGAAGACAUAAAAACAAAAGCACUGAUUUGUCAAUCAAUGGACACGACUUAUUAGCCGAGUGUUGUUCAACUAUAACUGAUUCAAAUUAAGUACUUAAUAUCA